AUAUUACGAACGGGGUUUCCAACGAUGUCAUUCACUUCUCCAAGAAGCAAACGGGGAUCAUCGGAUGAUUCAAAUGGCUACAGUCCACCUGCCUCUCCGGCAUCCACUCCGUCUAUCGUUAGCCUCCGAGAGCGGGAAGAUCUGGGGAGGUAUAGUCCUCGUGCGGUAGUCGCUGGUCGCCUAGGGGAACUGGCGAUACGGGGAGACUACCCAACAACCCACUCAAUUUCUAGUUGCAGCUUCGAACAGACCUCGGCCCCCCUGUCUGCGCAGACAAUUUCCCCUCCUAGUUUUUCAUCUGAUCGCGAUGGCUUUUAUGACAUGCCCGACUUGCAACCUUCAACCGCAAUAGAAAGCCAGUUUAACACGACAGAGGGCGAAGCGCUUCCUGGCCCUGUCACUGGCAUUUCCCCACGACAUCGAAACAUAAAAUCACCCUCAAAAUCUCCGAAGAAACCGUCUUCGAGUCCUCGCAAGAAACGAAUCGCACCGGUUCCCAUAAAAAUGCGCAGUGCAAGGAGAUCGCCGCCUCCCCCCCGGAUCGAAGCUGAGAACCCAUUUACCUGGAAUGACUCCGAGAUAACCGGCCAUAACCCGACGGAUCCAACAGAUGAUGGGUAUGGCAUCAAUGGGAUUGGGUUUAAGCCAACUGCGGCCAUUGCUUGGGCUAGGUCCCAGAAGAGGCAAAAACAGGUCGCUGAAUGGAAAAAUCGCGAGGCAAGAGAGGCGCGAGAACGACGCAGAGAACGACGAGAUGGUAAUCAUGAAUUUGAUAAGAUACGAACUAUCCAGCAAGGCGCCAUUCAUAAGAGGGUCAAAUUUGACGUCUAA